AUGUAUACUCCUAAAAAAACAAAAGCCGAGGAUGGCUUCUAUCCUAGAUCGCAGUAUGAAUUUGGAUCCUCAUCACAACUUGAUUCCAACUCAUUCAACUGUAUGACUCAGAAUAGCAAUGAUGAGACGACUUUUUAUACACAAGCCGACAAGCGCGUUAUUCUAAACAAAAAUCUGGUUAAUUUUAACGUCGGGGGAGUUAAAUACACAACCACAAUGUCAACUUUAUCAAACGAUGCGAAUUCCAAGCUCUACAAAUAUGCAUACUUCACAAUUAAUGGCAUAGAAACACACGAUAAGGAAUAUAAUUUUGACGGAUUCUUUAAUUUUACAGACUCUAACUCAGGAGGAGUUGCAAACAUCUUUAUUGAUCGAGACGGGAAGAUUUUCCAGUACAUUUUAAACUACCUCAGGGAUGGGGACGUAAUUUGCCCAGAUGACCCUUUUGUAUACCAGUCAAUACUCUCGGAUGCUAAAUUUUACAUGCUCAGAGGAUUGGUAGAUGCGGUUUCCCGCAUUAUAAAUAAACAGGAGGUUCUUCCUGAACCUAAGCUUAAUAUUCCCGAACCAAUUCAUGAAGUCGAAGAACUUUCAUCUCAAAAAACUCAGUUUGAAUUUUGUGAUAGUAUUCCACUGACUCAACACACUAAUUGUGAUGUUUAUCUACCCCCUCAUAAUGUAUUUUUAAGAAUAGAGGAGAAUGACAAUAUAGAAGAAUCUAUUCAAUUUGUUCAGACUACGCCAGUAAGGUUACUGGGCGAGCAGACGUUUUCCACGACUGCAGACUUCUAA